AUACCGACGUCCAAGUGGAGGCAUUCCUCAACGACCUAAACGACUGCGCAGAUGAUUUACUCGCUCUUGCUAGGAGCAGUGAUAUAGCCCUGACGAGUGACAUUGAGCUGACACUGCAGCUCGGCAUGAAUUCAGAUACUGGAGAACGAGUUUGCAGCUACUAUUUUACUGACCGUGCCGAGCGUACCCUUUUCUGGCUCCAUGAGUUAGAUACUGAAGAUCUUUUUGAUGGAGUUCGAGGGGUCAAAGAGUACAGUCAUAUCCGUUAUGUCAUUGAAUGCGAGUACUGGGUGCAUUAGAGAUCAUCGUGCAUGCUAGUGCAGAUGUCAUCACAUCUGACAAGUCAUUGUCGCCCUUCGGAGGCGAAGAGCUAUCAAAAAUACUCGAGUUGAUCAAUCACCUUCACGAAACCACUUCAACGGAGUGUCGCCCUUACUCCAUAUGUGUCAUCGCACGAUUUAUGCAAUACUUCGCACGAGCUAAAUUUUUCAACUUCUGUGGUCAACCUUGCGCACGUUUAGAAGCUGACCACUCGAUAUAUCGCACAAGUGAUGAGCAUGUGGUGACAUCCAUAAUAUCAUGGAUAGCGGAGCUUCUAUGUUUUGGUGCUCCCCAUGCACAGAUGAUGGAACUGCAAAGAGUCUGGGUGGAUAAAAGUACAACUUCACCCCGAUGGAAAGAUUUCAAUGACAAGCUCAGCAGGGAAUGGAUUUCUAUCACAAUCUAUUCUACAGUGAUGCUAACUGUGGAUCUCAGCUUCCUCUCGGUGCCUAGUGUGAACGCCCAAACUUCACAAUCUGUUGCGAUUAUCGCGGCUUAUCUCUCAACGUUCUGCGUGGUCGGAUCCCUGGUAGUGUCCAUUUUGCUUGCAGGACAAAUUCGCAAAUAUGGCAAUGUGUCUGCCAACAGCGCUGUUGAAUUUCUUACCAAAAUGACGAAUUCAAUGCUUGGUGACAGAACGCUCGCGAUUUUACACAGUCUUCCCUAUGCACUACUUAUGUGGGGGAUGGUAUACUUCGUCGUCGCAUUUUCCUCCCUGGUGUUCAAAUCUACCUCCGUUAUACUUCUAGGGGUGGUUGGGGGUGGUUUGUCGAUUGUCAUCCUGCUCGCACUGUGGCCGAUUUGGGCUGCAAGAGAUUAUCACGUUUCCGGUUGGCUUCGUGAACGGCUAAAUUGUUCUGUAUAGAUGGGCGCGGCGUACGUACUCGACGACUUGUAUAUUACAUAUGUCCACUCUGAAUCGAGCAAGACUUGAAGAUAUAUUGAAAGGUC